GGGGAUGCAAGACCUUCUGGGGAAAUGAUCUGGCUUGAGCAGCUUGAGCAGCAUGGAUAUUUGGCAUACCACAUGUAAAAGGUUUGGGACUAGUAGGUGCACAUCACAAUCGCUGUUUCCUCAUAAGUUUGCUUUUCGUCUCCUGUGUUUCUUUGUAUCUUUGAUCUCUUUUCUUCUUUUCGUUUUUCCAGCAAGAGUCGUCGAGUUGUAAUUAUGGCGUCUACGCAACGAGAUUCACCUCCAACACCUUCCUCUCGCACGGCUUCUAGUUCCAUUGCGGAUCCAGAUGCUAUCCAAAAAGCAACGACCAACCAUCUCGAAAACGCUGCUAUAAACCCGCGUUGGACACCUGGCUAUGGCCCUCUCUCCCAAAUCCCCAGCAAUGAAUCCUACCUCCCUGCCUUUGGUGGUGCUUUCCAGCCUGGUCUCUACAAGCCUCCGGACAGAAAACUCGCCAACCCUGCACCCUUGGGGUUGUCUGGAUUCGCACUGACGACUUUUAUUUUGAGUCUGCUCAAUUUGGGAACGAGGGGGAGCUUGGAGCCAAAUAUCAUUGUCGGGCCUGCUUUGGCUUAUGGCGGGUUGAUUCAGUUGUUGGCUGGCAUGUGGGAAAUGGCUGUCGGCAACACAUUCGGUGCUACUGCAUUAUCGUCUUAUGGUGGUUUCUGGAUUGGACUGGGCAUCAUAUUCACUCCCGGUGGUUUCAACAUCGCCGCCGCUUACGGAGGCGCCACGCCCGAGUUUUACGCCGCUGUGGGAUUCUACCUUUACGGCUGGUUCAUCUUCACUUUCAUCCUCUGGCUUCUCACCCUCCGCUCCACUCUCGCAUUCUCCUCUCUCUUCUUCACCGUCUGGCUCACCUUUCUCAUGCUGGCGACUGGUUAUAUGUACACUACCACCACGGCUGGAGUCACCUCUCCCCACGCAACUCUCGUCAAGGCAGGCGGUGGCUUUGGAAUCGUAGCGGCGUUUAUCGCAUGGUGGAACAUGUUGGCUGGUAUUGCGGACAGAGGAAAUAGCUUCUUCUUGGUUCCCGUGGCACAUUUCCCUUGGAGUGAAAAGGGAAGGCAAAGAAAGAGGGACAGACAGAACAGUGUCGACGAGGUCGAGAAGAUGGCGUAGAUGUGGUUCGGAUUGUAUAAUGCAGAUCGAAGAUGUAUGAAUGAUAAUGAGAGAUAUAGAAGUCUAUGAGAGCC